CUGUAGCACUCUUCUGGCGCCUAACUACCAUGCCACCCGAAGGUGGCAUGAGGGCUGGGAUACUUCCAGGUUGCCCAAGCCUGACAGGGGAAGGUCGGAUUCGAACCACGGACCUUCCGGUCAAAUCAUCAUCAUCAUCUUCCCUAGAAACAACGCCAGGUUGGAACAGUGGUGUACGGAACACCCAAACAUAAACGGGCUUGAUCACCAGGAGCCUGUGCAACAGCGAUA